AUGGAAACUGAGAAAUUGCGUCUUUUUAAAGAAAUCACAGGAGAGCAAGAUCAAGACAAGGCUCUGCACUAUUUGAGUAAAUCUAGCAGCAAUCUUGAUCAUGCUAUUGACUUAUAUUUCCAAGAUAUCCACACUCAAAAUCUCACAAGAGAGCUUCUUCUAAAGCGAAAAAUUCAAGCUUCUAACCCAAUAAUAACAUUAGGCAUGUUUGAAAGCGAUGCAUAUGCCAUUUCCACAGUCUCACAUAUAGAGAUAGGCCAUCCUCUAACCUUUAAAUUCCCCAAGCCAAGGCCCCAUCCUAAAGGUAAACGCAAAGAAACUCCAGAUCGUACUAUAAGAUUUGCAAUGGAACCUAAUGGAUUUAGUUUUGGCAAACUUCCUCAAAAUACAGCUGAUUUUUUAUUCCCUUUAAUAUCUGGGAACCUAAUUACAAUAGAAGCAAAUAUUAUAGAUGCUCCCACAAGCAUAACUUUGCUUGAUACAUUUAAAAUUGCAAUCACAGUAAAUUUGCUUCCUGAUGCAUUAAGUGACCCAUCUGUUCAAACAUCAGAGGAAAUAAAUAACCAUAAUAUUUCUCCUGAAGAAUAUUUCAAUCAGAGAGAAGCUCUACAAAAAUUAUUUGAGCUUGUGCGCUUGGAAAAAACACAGUCAGCAAUAAUAGAUGACCAAGAGCAAACCAAUGAAAAACAAUCACAAGAAGAAGGAAAGAGCUUAGCCAGCAUUGAAAAAAAUUUAUUUCUUGAAAAUUUAGGAGAGAUUGAACUGAGAGAAAUGAGCCCUCCAUUUACGUUUAGAACCCCAUUAUAUCCCUAUCAAAAGCAAGCUUUAUCAUGAAUGUAUGAACGUGAGUCAAUUAGAGGUGGAAACAGAAACAGCAGAGAACUGCAUCAUCUGUGAGAAGAAUACAAAACAGCUCAAGGCAGAUUCCUUUAUUUCAAUCCAUAUACUGGACAAAUUUCAAUUAAAUUUCCUGAAUCAGCUGCACUUUGUAAAGGAGGAAUUUUAGCAGAUGAAAUGGGACUUGGAAAAACAGUCAUGAUUAUAGCUCUUAUUCACACACAUAGAAGGGCAUUUGAGCACGCCCCAAAAAAACCUAAAACACUAGAAGGAGGGACAUUAAUAGUUUUACCGUUAUCUUUGAUAACUCAAUGACAUCAAGAAAUUAACUCUCAUGGUGUUGAUUUAAAAGUCCUUGAAUAUUAUUCAGACAAGAAUAAAUCAGUUCAAGAAUUGAAAAACGCAGAAAUUGUUUUGACCACUUAUGGAAUAAUAAAUUCAGAAUAUGCAAAUCAAGGGUCUUUAUUCAAAAUCCCGUGAUUUCGAGUCAUCUUAGAUGAGGCCCAUAUAAUAAGAAAUAAAGAUACGUCAACUACAAAAGCUGUAAUGAAAUUGCAAGCAAAAUUCAAAUGAGCACUCACUGGAACACCCAUACAAAAUAAGCUUGAUGAUUUGUACUCUCUGGUAAGGUUCCUUGAUAUAAUUAAAUAUGGCGUAUCAGAAAUGGAGAGCAAUGCUAGGUAAACAAUUCUUGACUUAUCAGAGCCUAGCCCAAGUCCACCUUCAAGGAUGGAUUUUAUCUAGGGGGGCAGCACGGAAGUUGGAAAGGGGCCAUUCAGCAGUGUCUGCAGGCAAUGCUUAGACCAAGUGAAAAACCAGGAGUUUCGCCCUUGGCUAAGUGCUUUCCCUUUUUGCUGAGAGUCUACCAGAAAUUCUAUUUUUCGGAUUUUGUGUGGAAACUUUUGUUUCUCCACCCAACAGCCUCAAGCAAGGCCGCAACUCCAAAGACUGCCCACUCAACACUGAAUCCGAAAGGCAAGGAGGAGACACUGUUGUCCCUAGUGGAAGACACGGUCUAAAAGCGGUUGAAACUCCCUUCGGAGAUCCUCGUGAUUGCGCAAAAAUUAGGGCGAGAGCCUGCCUAUCAACAAGUUAAGGUAAGGUUCCUUGAAGUUGAACCAUGAUCUGAUUAUUUGUGGUGGAACCGUAUCAUUACAAAGCCAUUCAAUAAGCAGGAUCCUAAUGUUUACGCAAUUUUAAGAAGACUGCUUAAGCCAAUAAUGCUAAAUUCCUCUUUUAAGAACGAGCAAGUCCAUUGGAAAAUUUCACAUAGAGGCAAUUAAACCAAGAGUAAGUGAAAAUUUUGCUGUGAAAGUUUUUUUGUAAAAAAAUAUUUUUAUUAUUAAUUAAUGAUUGUUAUAAUAGACCUCUGCCAUUCUAUUAAAUCUUAUGGAGCAUGGAUUCUAAAGCAUAAGACUUUAAAUUAAAUUAGAUUUUUUCUCUAAAAAAAUGUGCAUAUUGGAAUUAUAAACCGAAAAAAGUUUAAUAAGUUUUAAUAAGUUUUAAUAUAAGUUUUUUAAAAAUAAAUAACACCUCUUUAAUAUAGAAAAAACUUGCUUACUUAAAGGAUGGGGGAGUGAGAAGAACCAAAGAAACCAAGCUCGCAGAUGGAAGUCUUAUGGUAUCUUUGCCUCCUAUAUCUAUUGAAACAAUUCAUAUUGAAAUGAACAGUGAAGAACGGAGUUUAUAUAACAGAUUAUUUGAGCAUAGCAAAGCAAGGCUCCAUUCUCUUAUAAGCACGGGCAAAUUUAAGGCUUAUAUAGCAUCAAUAUUUGAUUUACUACUCAGGCUGCGUCAGCUUUGUGAUCAUCCUUAUUUGAUUAUGAGUCGUGGUGAUACAACACCAUUAGAAAAAAUUGACCAAUUUAUAACAAAAUUAACAGAAAACUCUUCAGAUCAAUACGCACAAGACUUAGCCGGGAAAAUUAAGCAAGGUGAAAUUUUUAUAUGCCCAAUCUGUCUCGAUGUAGCUGAUGAUCCUGUAAUGACAAAAUGCAUUCAUAUAAUGUGCAGAAUGUGCGCAUCCCAACAAGUCGAAAGAAACAAAAACUGUCCUCUAUGCAAAACUCCUCUGACAAUGCAUGACCUUACAACAGUCCCAAGGGAAAGCAAGUUCAGUCUUAACUUAGACAAUGAAUGAUGCAGCAGUUCAAAAAUUGAUAUGCUAAUUAGAAUGUUAAUGAUAAGUAGUGAGCCAACUGUAGUAUUCACUCAAUGAACUUCAAUGCUGGAUCUAUUAGAAAUUGCUCUACAAAAGGCAAGAAUUUCUUAUUCGCGACUUGAUGGGAGCAUGAAUAAAAAUCAAAGAGAAAAUGCCUUGCAAGAGUUCAAAGCAGGAAGGCAAGUGAUGCUUAUUUCAUUAAAAGCCGGAGGGGUAGGAAUCAAUCUUACUUAUGCAUCGAGAGUUGUGCUAAUGGAUCCAUGGUGGAACCCAGCUGUAGAAAACCAAGCAAUCGAAAGAGUGCAUAGGAUUGGCCAGGAAAAGCAAGUGAAGGCCUAUAAAUUUGUAUGCAGAGACACAGUUGAAGAAAAAAUGUUAGCACUUCAGGAGAGGAAAAAUGUCAUAAUGGAGGGAGCAUACACAGAGCAAAAUGCUUCUAUGUCUAUGGAAAAUUUAAUGUACGUCUUUCAGGAUAAUAUAAUGUAA